AUGAGCCGGGUUGAGCACGGGCGCGUCGGAGUCAGAACCAACACCGACCAGGUCAUAACCUGCAGACUCCAAGAUGUGAGGCAUUCCUUGGCCUACCUCACUGACGAACUAGCAGUGUUUUUCGGAGCAGAAGACCACAUAGCGCCAGCAGGCUCACAGGCCAGCUUUGCCCAAGCGCAGGCCCAGGCACACACAGACAGACUCAGGCCUGGGACUGUACUGACGCUGGGGCAUGUGCGCACAGCCGAAGGUCAGUGGGUCGAAACUCCGCAGACGGAGAAACACCGUGGCCUGUAUCAGGCAUGCAUGUUCAUCGCAGAAACUGUGUUCAGGUUGAGCACAACAGUUGCAGUACGCCUGGCGCACGCCGUCAGAACUUUGACAGCGCGUGAAGAGUUCACAUCUUCAGUAACCUUGUGGUGGACCAGUCCGGGGUCUAGGGACAUCAGCUUCCUGCACAGUGACACUGCCAGGGUGUCGUUUGUUGAUAUCCUGGGCCAGGGAUGGGCGAACAGUCAUGCCAUGCAGUUUCUAGGCAUCCCUGACGACGAAGGGUGGGCAACAAGCGCACGUUGGGCAGUACCUGCGCAGGUUGAUGACAGCGCCUUUGAGCCCGUGACCGCCUCACGUGUUGAAACGAGCAGUGAAAGUCAACCUCGACUCUCCACUGUUCCUGAAGAAGACGAAAGCUCAACUACAGCCUCACUAGUCACGUGGGAAGCCUUGUGUGCCACUUUUGGGCACUCCAUCACGAAGGAACAGCAGCCGUGGCUGAGCGAAGCCUACCUUGCUCACAUGACUGAAUGCGCGCCUGCGCUGCAUCAUCCAACUGACCUUGCCGAUUUGCAGCACGCAGUUGAGCCUCCUGCGCAGUGUCCCUGGGCCACAGAUCAUCAGAUCGAGGCAUAUGUUGCUGCGUGCCACAAUGAGCUUGAGGCUGUAAUCGAUAGAACGGAUGACCUCCUCACACCGGAAGAGGUUCAACAGAAUGCAGCUGAAGUGACACAAGCUGUCAUGAAUGAGCUCAAGACAUGGCAAGGAUUCAAGUGCUUCCGUAGGCGAGCUCGCAAGGAUGCACCAUGCAUCAUCGAUGCGAAAUGGGUCUACAAGUGGAAGUACGUUCAAGGCAAGCGUAUCAUUCGUGCUCGUCUGUGCCUUCGAGGUUUCAAGGAGACUGGGGCAGAUGACCAGACGAACUUUGCCUCGACUGCCUCGAGGUUCAGUCAAAAGCUCCUUGUAAGUGAGUGUGUCUUAAGAGGUUGGGUGUUAGCUUCUUCAGAUGUGCCAAAGGCCUUCCUUCAAGGCGUGUCAUAUGAAGAACUUGCAUCCACAACAGACGCACCAAUGAGGGAUGUGAGUUUCGAGCUAACAGGCGAGGGAUUGUCUUGUCUUCAAACAUUGCCAGAGUUCAAGGGGUUCAACCCGCGUACAGAAGUUCUACACUGCCUUAAGCCUGGGACAGGAUGCCGCGAUGCACCUAGGUGUUUCAGUCUGAAGCUGAGACAGGUGACGCAGGCUUUUGGGUUGCGUAGCUCAAGCAUUGACCCAGAGCUGGAGAUGCUCCAUAAGAAUGGGGAUCUAGUAAUGGCAAUCAUCAAGCAUGUUGAUGACCUAAAGAUGAUCGGCCCCCGAAAGCUGAUUGAAGAGUUUGUUGCACACUUGACCGCUGUUUUCGGAAAAAUGGAAAUAGAAUGGCAUUCCUUCACAUUUUGCGGUGUGCAGCACACGCAGCAAGCUGACGGCAGUGUGGAGCUUGACCAGAUCAAGUUCUUGUCAGCGUGCAAGCAGAUCACCGCGCCUCAGGCCAUCACAGGUGAUCCAAACACGCUUCUGCCCGAAGCUGCCCGCAGACAUUUCCUCAGCUUGUUGAUGACAAUUGCGUACUCGUUGCUCACCAGACCGGACAUAGCCGUUUUUGUCACUGCCCUUCAACGUGAGUCACAUCAAGCAAAAGUCAUCCACGCGAAGCGCCUAAAUGUACUCCUCAAAUGGAUGCAAGCCAAUCCUCGCAAGCUAGUCUUCCCCGUGAUGGAGGAGUAUCCAGAUAUGCUGAUGCAGAUCUCCGAUUCAAGUUACCGUGCCAAGGCGGAAGAUGGGCUUUCCGUGCGUGGUUUAGUCAGCAUAAGGGUGAGUUCUAAAGCUCUAAGCGAAGGGUUAGCUCAGACCCCAUGUCAUGUGUUAGACUACGUAAGUAAAGCGCAGAGACAUGUCACACGGUCAACUUUCUCUUCAGAGCUGUUUGCAGCCACCGAUGCGACAGACUCGGGACUGCUGCAGACAGUAGCUCUUCACGAGCUCAACAGUGGAGUGCUGACUCCAAAUGACGCCAAGGCCAUGAUUGAAGGUACCCUUCCUUGUUCGACUGUGCUUGGCUUGGGAGUGGAUGCCCGAUCAGUCAGCGCAGCUGUGACUGCGCCAAACAUAAAGGUCCCAGCUGAACCUUCUUUGCUGCUUCACGUAUGCUGGCUGCGAGCACUGCUGGUAUCACAGCGUCUCUGGGUGCUAUACUGGAUUGACACGAGAUCCAUGCUAGCAGAUGCUUUGACCAAAGGCAGUUGCAGCCGUGAGCUGAUCACUGCAGCAAUGAGUGGCAAUUUGCUGAUGCCACAGCCAUAUGAAAUUCAAGAGAUCCGAAGAUGA